ACUAAUGUUCACUACCAAAUUUGGGAGCAAUGAUGUAAAUAAAAAAAUAAUGUGAGAGUAAUGAUGUAAAGAAACAAAUUUGGGAGUAUUUAUGUAAAAUCUAUAAUUUUUGGGAGUAUUCUUGUCAAUUUUGCCUCUUUUUUUUUUUUUUUAGAAUACACAAUUUUCUGUCAUUUCUACACCUGCUGCGAUUUUACUUCGCCCCAAACCCAUCCAGCAUACGGAGGUUUAUCCUGUAAAUCCCAUGGCCUUCUUCCCCAAUAGCUUAAGCUCAAACGUUUUCAGACACGACUCAAAACCGUCGACGUUUUUCAAGCCUGAACUCGCCUCCACCCGAACCGGAAAAGUACCCUCCGUUGUCUACUGCAAAAAGUCAAAGAGUGAGGACGCGUUCAAGGAGAAGAAGCGGGCCGUUGUGGACUACGACACGGGGACCCACUUGGUCUCCGUUCAAAUCGACGGCCUCCGGAAAUCCGACUUGCCGAAACGGAACCGGUUGCGGGUGGAAGGCGACCGGUUCCAGAAGGACUGGCCACUUUCCCAGGUGGUUGCCAAUGUAAUGAAGCUCAAUCACUGGGAAGAUAUUGAUGGCGUCCUGAACAGGUGGGCCGGUCGCUUCGCCAGAAAGAAUUUCCCAAUUCUUAUUAGGGAAAUAACAGAGCUUGGUUCAGUCGAGCAUAGUGUUCAUGUUUUCAAUUGGAUGAAAAACCAAAGGAACUACUGUGCGCGCAAUGACAUAUACAACAUGAUGAUCAGGUUGCAUGCGAGGCAUAAUCGUACUGACCAAGCCCGCGGCUUGUUUUUUGAAAUGCAAAAAUGGAGGUGUCAUCCUGAUGCUGAAACUUAUAAUGCUCUCAUCAAUGCACAUGGUCGGGCUGGUCAGUGGCGUUGGGCAAAAAAUAUCAUGGAAGAUAUGCUUUGUGCAGCUAUUCCUCCAAGUCGGUCAACAUACAACAACUUGAUCAAUGCAUGUGGGUCUAGUGGGAAUUGGAGAGAGGCCUUGAAAAUUUGCAAGAAAAUGACGGAAAAUGGGUGUGGGCCUGAUCUGGUGACUCAUAAUAUUGUGCUUUCUGCUUAUAAAAGCGGGGCACAGUAUUCAAAAGCACUAUCCUAUUUCGAACUAAUGAAAGGAACCAAUAUUCGCCCUGACACUACCACCCUGAAUGUUGUGAUUCAUUGCCUAGUGAAACUUGGAUUAUAUGAUAAAGCUAUUGAUAUUUUUAAUUCAAUGCGAGAGAAAAGGGCAGAAUGUGGCCCUGACAUUGUCACAUUCACUACCAUAAUGCAUAUGUAUUCUGCUUGUGGGCAGAUUGAAAACUCUGAAGCUGUUUUCAGUUAUAUGCUUGCAGAAGGCGUGAGACCGAAUAUUGUUUCGUAUAACACACUACUAGGUGCUUAUGCUACACAAGGGAUGAGUGGAAAAGCUUUAUUAGUUUUGAAUGAGAUGAAAUGUCAUGGAAUGCGUCCUGACAUUGUAUCAUACACAUCUUUACUCAAUGCCUAUGGAAGAUCACAGCAACCUGAGAAGGCAAUGGAAAUAUUUGAAACAAUGAAGAGAAACAACUUGAAACCAAAUAUAGUGAGUUACAAUGCACUUAUUGAUGCCUAUGGCUCAAAUGGUUUUCUAGCUAAAGCGGUACAAGUGAUGCGUGAUAUGGAGCAUAAUGGUGUGCACCCAAAUGUUGUCACAAUUAGUACCUUAUUAGCUGCCUGUGGACGGUGCGGUCAAAAGGUGAAAAUAGAUUCCAUUAUUUCAGCUGCUGAAAUGCGUGGCAUCCAGUUGAAUAUAGUUGCUUACAACUCAGCUAUUGGAAGUUACUUGAAUGUUGGGGAAUACGAGAAGGCUUUGGAUAUAUACAAUACAAUGAAAAUAAAAAAAGUCAUGCCCGAUUCUAUUACAUAUACUGUGUUGAUAAGCGGGUGCUGCGACAUGUCAAAAUAUUGCGAGGCACUUCAGUUUCUCGAUGAAAUGAUGGAAAUGAAAAUUCAUAUGUCCAGGGAAGUGUAUUCAUCUGCAAUUUGUGCAUACAGUAAGCAGGGUCAACUUGCAAAGGCAGAAUCUAUGUUUUCCGUGAUGAAAAUGGCCGGUUUUCAGCCUGAUGUUAUUGCAUAUACAACAAUGUUACAUGCUUACAGUGUUGCAGAAAAUUUGGAGAUGGUUUUCACAGUGUUUAGAGAAAUGGAAUUAAAUAAUGUGAUUCCAGACUCGAUUGCCUGUUCAUCUCUUAUGAGAGCAUUCAACAAAGGUUGCCAACCAGCCAAAGCUCUUAUUGUGGCAGAAUUCAUGCGAGAAAGGAAUAUCCCUUUCAAUGAUGCUAUUUUCUUUGAAAUGGUUUCUGCAUGCAGCAUAUUACAAGAUUGGAAGAUGACAUGUGAAAUUAUUGGAAUGAUGGAGGCUUCACUCCCUGGUAUUUCAGUUGGAAUUCUGAACCAGCUUCUCCAGUGCAUUGGAAAGUCCGGCAAGAUUGAGACCAUGAUUAAGUUCUAUUUCAAGAUAAUUGCAUCAGGUGCAGAAAUAAACUUAACUACAUACUCAGUUUUGCUGAAAAAUCUUUUGCGUGCUGGAAAUUGGAGGAAAUACAUUGAGGUGAUGCAGUGGAUGGAUGAUGGAGGGAUCUGACCUUCAAAGGAAAUGUACCAAAACCUACUCUUCUUUGCUAAGAGGAGUGUUGGAACUGAGCAUGCUGCUGUAAUAAAAGAACGAAUAGAAGCAAUGAAAACAAAAUAUGGGGAUCAGACAACCAGGGUGCCUGCAUCUAUCCAUUCCACAAGGCAUUGAGUGAGCUGAAAAGUAGUGGCAUAUCAAUUCUCAUAUAAUAGUUGCUUCUCCCAGAUGCACAUGGAAGGUCUAUCAUCUAUGUAUGGACUGGGGAGUUCAAGAGACCUAAUUUUGCCUUUUCAAUACUUGCCCCAACCAGAACAGUGAUAUUUGUUAGUUUAACGCGAAGUCUGACAGCUCGGCCAAUUGAUGAAAAGUUACGAUUUUCAGUUUUCCACAAGAUCAAAUUACAGUCUAUGUGCACGCAGCACAAAGCACGUUUAGCUGGCUGAACACAACAAUGGCAUGCACAUCAUCCUUGCUGCUUCAUUGGCAUAGUAGCUAAUUGCCUCCUUGCUCAUGUGAAGUUUUGUAACUGCAUCGAUAAAUGCCAGAGUACGAAAGUCGAGUAUACUUCGACUAGUAAAUGUGACUUGCAAAUUACGGGAAAAAAAAGAUUUGUGUAGCUGAUAUUGAGUGUAUAAAGUAAAUACUUCAUUUGCCC